UCAUUCCUCCAACUCGGAGGCCAUCCCAUCAUCGGCAUGUCUCGCUUUCCUUCUUCCAAGCUAGGUACCAACUACAGUCCAAGCGACUCAGAAAUAGCACACAUCCACUCUCUCCUUGCUCAGCCGACGAGCCGCUUCAUUCAGUUGUCGGAACAGAUCGCUGAAUUGGAAACGGAGCGCGCAACUUUGAAGAGCUUUAUCGACUCUCAUCGCGCCUUGCUCUCCCCCAUCCGUCGCGUCCCCGUCGAAAUAUUACAUCGAGUCUUUCUCGAAUGUUUGCCGAAUCGGGGAAAUUGCGUGAUGAGCACGAGGGAGGCGCCGCUGUUGCUCACUCGCGUUUGCAGUGGUUGGAGGCGGCUGGUGCAGUCAUCACCUGCUCUGUGGAGCUCCCUCCACAUUCAUCUGCCCACCCAAUCCUCUAACUCCGUCUCUGUCGCGCUCUCAGAGAAAAUCACUCGCCGACUUGAAGGCGUCAAAUAUUGGUUAGCAUUUGCCAAUCAGUGCCCCUUGAGCCUCUCCGUCUCCAGCACACGCUGGCGCGGCCAAGAACUGAUGGAUAUUCUUAUAUCCCAUGCCCACCACUGGGCGCAUUUUGCAAUCCAAGGGCCUCCUAACGUUUUGAUGCCCUUGCAGAGGUUGACGCUCGAUCAAGUUCCUCAACUCGAAUCUGUGCUUGUCCAGCCAACCCACGGGGACUCGGAUGACGGAACCUUGGUUCCUCACGGGUACCUGACCUCUUGGGAAUCUGUACACCUCUUGCAAGCCCCUCACCUUCGUCGCGUAGUUUUGUUCGACAUCCCUCUUGGGAUCCUCCCACAGCGAUGGGAAAAUAUUGUCGACCUCGCGGUCGAAAGAGUCUGGUCUAUAACUACCUCUAAUGCGGUCGAAAUACUCUCACUUUGUGUCAAGCUCGCUUUUUUUCGACUGUGGGUACGAGAGGAUCAUGACGAGUCUGAUGACCCACAUAAACAGAUGAGGGUAGAGCAUCGCUCUUUGGUCGUGUUCCAUCUAAUACUCGUUGGGAGCAUUGAUAUAACAUUACAAGAGCUUUCGCAAGCAUUAGCGCUGCCUAAACUGCAAGAUUUCCGAUGUCAAGCGCAUGGCAGUCGACACAGAAAUAUCGCCAAUUCACUAGAACCGUUGGGUGCGCUCUUGGUCAACUCCAGAGAACUCGAUAUUUGUGAGGUCGACGCCGACAUCUAUCCCAACCGAGAUAGUCUCUUAGAAUUCCUCCAUAUGGUCCCUGAGCAAUUGCAUGUCUUGAUGCUCACAUCCGAGCACUCGGUGUGGUCCUCCUCACGAGCGCUCGUCGACAAUCAAGUACUCAAAGCAUUCUUCCCUACGGACAAGGGCGGAUAUUCCGCGCUCCAGUCGUUAGAGAAGAUCGUCUUUCGGAACUGCACGUCAUUCACUGAGUUGAACCUGGUCGACUUUUUGAACGCACGGAAGGAGACAAAUAACAAGUUGCGCCGAUUGCAAGUACAUUGGACACGUGAACGAUCGUUUGGAAUUGCAGACCAGGUUAGGCAAUCCCAGGGAAACAUUGAGGUCGAGUUGAUAUACCCGCCUGAGCCGGAUUUGCAGAAAAUAACUUCGCCGUGGCAGGGCUUGGAGGACUUGUAUGCGUUGGGAUGGGAUUGUUGA